AGGGAAAUUUUUUCAAAAUUUCUAUUGUGUCCAAUUAGAUUCUUCUUUCAUGAUAUUCGUGCUCUUAUUCAAAUAAUAAUUAAAACAAAAUAAUCGUUAUAUACAACAAUGUUGCAAAUAAUAUAAAAUUUUUUUGAUAAAUUUAAAUAUUGAUUCAAUAUUCGUAUUGAUAUAAUUAGUUUGUUAUUGCAGUAAAUUGAAAGAUCAACAUGGUGACGAAAAUGUCACGUUAUCGUGAAUGGGAUCUUUCAUGUAAAGUUUACGUCGGUAAUUUAGGAAACAGUGCUAGUAAACAUGAAAUUGAAAGUGCAUUUAGUAAAUAUGGUCCGCUUAGAAAUGUGUGGGUUGCUAGAAAUCCACCAGGAUUUGCUUUUGUAGAAUUUGAAGAUCCACGAGAUGCAGAAGAUGCAGUUAGAGGAUUAGAUGGAACACGCUGUUGUGGAACUAGAGUGAGAGUAGAAAUGUCGUCAGGAAGAAGUAGACGUGGAGGUGGUGGACGAAGACCAGGUCCAAGAUAUUCUAGGUCCAGAUCUCGCAGUCCCAGAAGGAGAUCAUUGGGUCGUUAUCCAAGGUCCUGUUCAAGAAGUCCACGCAGAUCACCAAUAUGCCGAUAUUCCAGGUCAAGAUCCCGUAGCCCGCGCAGAAGAUCUUUAACCCGUAGCCGCAGCCGAGAUCGCCGUUCUCGUUCGGAUUCUCGUGACAGACGUUAGGUGCUAAAAGUAUUCCAGACAAUGGAUCUACUAAAUAUGGCAGAAAGAAGAUAAAAGAAAACUGAUUUUAUAUGUACAUAAAAAAGAUCGUUAUUAUACAUAUAUACAGUUUAACAAUGAUUAUAAUUAAAAAAAAUAACAUUUAUAAGAGAUAUGAAAAAAAUAUAUACACGAUGUUUACUAUUUCA